GACAGUUCCCCGGACCCCUGGACGCCUCUGAAGGUUCCCGAAGCGUCUCAAGAAUCCAGCGACCGAACUCGAAGACUCAGGGUGACGUCGGCAGCGCUCCGUGUUGCUCAUGCUGGUCUCCUCGCCGCAGCUCUUGCGCUGAGCCGUCGACAGGGCUGGCGAUAAACGCAUCAUGUUCGCCGGCACGAAGCCGCCCGCCGUCUCCUGGGCUCUCUGCCUCUGCGGACUCGCGCUGCUCUGUCCGUCCGUGACGAAGGUCUCCGAAGCGGUCACCUACCGCAGUUGUUACCCGAACGUGAGAAACCCCACGUCCAUCUUCUGCCAGAACCAAGGGAUCAAACAACUGGAUCUGAUUUCCGACCUGCCGAAUGACACCUGGGCGCUGAACUUUUCCAACAAUCUCCUGAGUCGCCUCCCUGCCAAGGCCUUCUUCUCACUCCCCUCCCUGGAGCAGCUUCGCCUGGACCGGAACCGCAUUUCCACCAUCGAGAAGGCAGCCUUCCUCGGCCUGAGCUCCCUGACCCUCCUCAACCUCUCAACCAACUCUCUGAAGGUGUUCCCGCUGGACGCUGCAGAGUCUCUGACCCGCCUCACCCAUCUGAUCCUCCGUGGCAACUGUCUGACCGCACUCUGUGCGCAAGGGUUCCUUCAUUCCGCGGGGCUUCGGUUCUUGGACCUCUCCCAUAACCCGCUGGGCUGCGGGAAGAUGUCCUGCUUGGCCAAUCUCACAUCUCUUGUUACACUCCGGGCUCGCCGCAUCGCGAAUAACUGCUCCAUGUCUCCUUUCAGCCUGCCCGGCAACUUGACUCAGCUCGACCUCUCCCACAACGGACUGUCGGAAUUCCCCGUGGGUGCGUCCGGCGGGCCGGUCAGUAUCCGCGACGUGGACCUCUCCCACAAUGACUUCUCCUCGCCGAAGGCGCUGGCGGACCUGAGGCCCGCCUCUCUCGAUCUCAGGAACAACAGCAUCAACGUCGCCCAGCUUCUGCUGGACCUGUCCUGGGCACCCGGGCUGCAGCGGGUCAGCCUCUCCCGCCGUCCCAAAUCCGCGUCCAUCCGGCGCAUCUGCGAGUCCCUGGCCGGCCGCCGCGCCACGGCCCUCAAGCUGACGGACGUGGACAUCGCACAUCCGGGGGGGGAUUUUCAACACUGCUCUUCCCUCCAGCACCUCGAUGUUUCCGGGAAUAGGAUCAAGAACCCGACUCUCUUCUCCCGGGAGCCGCUGCGGUCGCUCCGAACCCUGCACAUGGCCAACAGCCACCUGGCAUCCCUCCAGUUCUGCAACGACAGUCGCGCGCACGUCUCCCUGCCCAACCUCACCUUCCUGAGUCUGCUGGGCAAUCACGUGUACAACGUUCCCGACAACGCCUUCUCGGGGAUGUGCCAGCUGGAGUUCCUGUCCCUGGAGGAGAACAGGAUCUCCUACAUCGGAACGACGGCCUUCUCCUGCCUGGGCCAGCUGAGCGAGCUGGUGCUGUCGGGAAACGCCAUCACGUCCCUCUACAACGCCACCUUCCAGAACCUGCACAGCCUGAAGGCGCUGAGACUACGCAACAAUCUCCUGACGGUUCUGUUUGCGGGCAUCCUCCGCCUGCCCAGUCUGCUCAAGCUGGACCUGGGAGGCAACAAACUGCAGUCGGUCCAUAACGGCUCGUUCCAAGACCUGCCGAACAUCACAGACUUGUACCUGGACCGUAACCAGCUCCAAACCGUGACCCGCGCAAUGCUCCUGGAUCUCCGGCAGCUGCAGGUUCUGGAUCUGGUUAGCAAUAACCUUCGGUUCUCAGCCAAGGAGGAGCCUUUCGGGGAUCUGGCCAGCUUGCGAUCACUCAAGCUCAGUCGGCAAGAGCCACACGGCAUCCGUAACCUGCCGGGGGAUGUGUUCACUGGCCUGGGGAAACUCCGGCAGCUGGACCUCUCCUCCAACAAGCUCUACAGCCUGAGCAACCUCUUCCUGUCUCCGCUGCCUAACCUUGUGCACCUGAAAAUGACUGACAUGUGCAAUGGAAUUGUUACAUUGCCCAACACCACAUUUUCCUUUCUCUCCAACCUCACCGUCCUCAUCAUGGAAAACUUUGGCCUUGCUGAAGUCCGGGACGAGUCUUUUCAGAUCCCGACGCUCCGGGACUUGGUCCUCACAAACAACAUGCUUCAGACUAUUCCCGACGAUUUCGGGAAGUCCAUGCCCCGUCUCCGUUACCUGGACGUUCGCUUCAACCCCUUGGCGUGCACCUGCGCCAACAAGCACUUCAAGCUCUGGGCCCUGACCUCCACCGUCCACGUCAUCCUGUUCUACAACAUCACGUGCCCAUCGACCUCGGCCACACCCAAUCACACGGAACUGUUGGCUAACUGGAACCCCGACCGGGUCUGCCCCGAUCAGACUGGGCUCUGGGCGUUCUCCCUCAGUGUCGCGCUGGUGUUGGCCAUGCUCGUGGGAGGCCUCGGCUAUGGGAAGGGCCGGUGGUACAUCCUGUACGCCUACUACACGCUCAGGAUCGGCCUGAAGGAAACUCAGCUUCGCAAAACCAGGCCUAAGAAGCAUCGGUACGACGCGUUCGUGUCCUACUGCUCGCAGGACGAGGAGUGGGUGUUCAAGGAGCUGGUGCCCCACCUGGAGAGGCCGGGGGCCGGGGCCGGGGCCGACGGGGGCUGGGGCCGACGGGGGUCGGGAUCCGGGCCCCGGGGCUGCCAGCUCUGCCUGCAUCACAGGGACUUUGAGCCCGGCAAAACCAUCGUCAGCAACAUCGUGGAGGCCAUCUACAGCAGCCGGAAGACCCUGUGCCUGGUGUCGCCCCAGUACCUGAGCAGCACCUGGUGCAGUAUGGAGGUGCAGGUGGCGCUGUACAGGCUGUUUGACGAGAAGAACGACCUGCUGGUGCUGGUGUUCCUGGAGCCGCCGCCGGCCUGGGCCCUGUCCUCCUUCCACAGGCUGGGCCGCGUGGUGCGCAGACGCACCUACCUGGAGUGGCCCCAGGAGCCCCGGCAGCAGCCCUUCUUCUGGGCCCGGCUGCGGCUGGCCCUGCAGCUGCCCGAGAGCCUCAGCCUCGUUUAG